UUGGUGAUCGAAAAUAAAUGAUAUAUGUGUUCUAACGUCACAGUAGGCAUGAAGUACUGGAUUGCAAGAAGCAGUAUUUUAGUAAUCGAAGAUGAGACGAGUAAUCUUAGAUUCAGACAACAGAGGACAUACAUGUUCGAUAGUGAAAAAAAAUGACCUGAUCAUAGGUAUGUGGAACACAUCCUUUGGAUAUAGGUUGUACGGUAAUUUGAAAUUGGGACCCUGCAAUCUGAAUAUUUACGAGUAUAUGUUCUUUUUUCUGUAUGUGUUCCUUUCCGAUUUUUACUCUUGCUAUAUUUUUGAUAUUGUCCCAUUAUAUACUAAUUGUUAUCUAUUACAAUAUUCACAUUACGAAAGUAAUGCCCUAUCUGUUAUCAAUAAUAUUUUUUUAUAAUAUGUUUCACGUAGUAUAAAUA